AUCAAAACAGACCACCGCAAACUGUCAAGUGUGCAAUACAACACAAAUAAGGAUGGAUUGCAGUGGUGCACAGUCGAAUAAGGAUCCUCAAAUAACCAUCGACGAUCUCCCUAAUGAGGUUUUCGAGCGGAUAAUUGCCCACCUGAAUGUCGAAGACUGCAAAGUUGCAUCACUCGUCAACUACAGAUGGUUGCAGUUUUCCUUCUCGCGCAUAGCCCUCGGGAAGGUGCAACUGGAGAUCAACUGUGCCCAACGUUCGCCUCACGACUAUUGGAACGUGUUGGAGAAAAGCUCCCGCAGCUAUCGUAAUCUGGUGCUCAAGUUUGCCGACGAUGACGAGGGCUUCCUGCUGAGGGUAUUGGACAAGUUCCAGCACAGUUUGGAACGAGUUAGUAUCGAACAGGAUGCCGAGGCACGAUUGCUUCACACGGAAAUCUCGUCCACCUAUUUCACACGACUGAUGCAACAGUUGACUAAUGUGAGGCAGCUCACGAUCAAGACCAUCAUUGAACUUUCCGACACCGUCGAUGGAGCACAACUGCCACGAUUGGAGCGACUAGAAGCGAUCUGCUUGUACACACACUGUCUGGAAGGGGAUUGGAUUGAUUGGACGCAAAUUUGUCCCAACGUCACAUGUGUUGGGGUACCUCUGCAGGAUGGCCGCAACGGAUUUCCUCACCUUAUUCAGCAUUUCUCCAAUCAGGUUGCAAAUUUGUCCAUCGACGCACGUUUCCUAGAGCGUGACUCGCUCGACUUUAUUGUCCAGGAAGACUUUCCCAAACUGAGAAAAUUCCGCUUACUCUACCCAAUCAACAGUCCAUCAACAGGAAGCCUCAUCAAAUCGUUCAUCGGCCAUUGCCCACACCUGACGGAAAUCAGUUUGUUCAGCAAUACGAUCAGCCAGGAAACUCUAGAAACGCUGGCCGAGCAUUGCCCGCAGUUGAGCGUCGUAAGUCUCGAUACGAAUGAGGCCCCACCGACGAUCUUCUCCAUUCUGUCGAAACUACCCCGACUGAGGCAGCUGAUACUGCACAAACUGACCGUCGAACCAUCUAUGGUCACCUCCUCGAGCGGGUGCUUUCCUUCGCUGCGCCAGUUGACGUGUCUAUCGAUUCGUAUCAACUGCCCGGAAGCGUUUUUCAUGCAGCUGCAUAAGAAGAUGCCCCGGUUGACCGUGCUGGAGCUGUUGGACCGGUUCCGCUUUGGGAUUAGCAAUUUCAAUCAGAACGGGGUCGUGGCUGCCCUCUGCAGCAAUAUGCCGAAUGUACAGCGGCUUGCGCUGGUGGAUUGGGCCAUCCUGGAUCUGUCGGUCUUGGAGAAACUCAACCUGCUCGAAAAUCUUGCUGAAUUGAGACUGAAGUGCAUCGGCCUAAAUCCGAACAAGACCCUUCCUCGCUGUGCAAGCUUGAGGAAAUUGGUUCUCGAUGUUGACACGCUCAAACCAACGGAUGUCAUCCCUCCCGUGAGCCGACCGGCAUUGGCGGAAAUAAUCUCCAAUGGAUUCCCGGAGCUAACGAGCCUAGAACUGCGCAGACAACUCCUGGACAGAACCAAAGCCUCCGAACAGGAGAUAGCGACCCUCCAAUCGACCCUGCCCGGUUGUGUAUUUUAUCGCAAAACUCGCCUCCAAAUGGCGGACAAAGACUACACAGCUUUGUUCUAAUUUUGCAUAUAGGGAUUUCUCUAUCAAAAGAUUUAAACUUCUUCCCGCGCGAGGUGUAAAGCAUCAAGUCUAUAUGU